AUGUCAGUUAAAGUAUUUAUAUCAGGAGAAGCCAACAAAUUUGAUUUUCAUUUGGAUGAAUCGAAUACCGUCGAUGAUCUCUACAGUUUAGUCAAUAAUCUGUUUGGAGACGAUACAUUUAUUAUCGAAGAAAAUGGUCAUCCAAUUUGUGACAAUGAGAAUGAAUAUCUGCGAACGAAUUUGACGUACAAAGUUUGGCCGAAAGGUUUAGGUGGAAAGGAUCAAGUAUCAUGCAAAUUUCGUCGAAAAUCUGUUGCAACAACAUGUGAUGGAUUUGUCGAUAUACCAGAAGGAAAUGAAACAGCUUUACAACAAGCACUUGUAUUAGAAGGGCCUGUUUCUGUUGCAAUUGAUUCCAGUCAAGAAUCAUUUCAGUUUUAUACAUCAGGUGUUUAUUCUGAACCAAAAUGUUCAUCAGAAGAGCUUGAUCACUGUGUUUUAGCUGUUGGUUAUGGCGUUGCUGAUGAUCCCAUUAAAGGAAAACAAGAAUAUUAUAUUGUCAAAAAUAGUUGGUCGGAACAUUGGGAUGAUAAAGGUUAUAUUAAAAUGGCACGAAAUAAAAAGACCAUGUGUGGAAUAGCAUCUGCAGCAUCCUACACCAUUGUCAAGGAUACAACGAUAACUGAAUAUUCGUUCUUAUGA